GUGUAACGCUUUCCAUUUACUACUUUCCUCUCUGAUUUUCUCUCUCUUUUUCACCGCCACUAUUUGGCUCAUUGAAUCGUUUAAUCUGGUUCAGAGUCAAGUCUGACAUCAAGUGAUUUCAGUUAUCUCAAUCGCAGUUGCGAAAAAUUAAACCGUAAUUCUCUUGAUCAAACCCAGUGUCAAUUACAGCUGGACCAACUAGCUAUCCAUUUCUUAUCUGAUUUUGGUUUCACACAUAAACAUAACAUCACAAACGUGGUUACAAAUGUCUCUUACCCUCACUGCCACUUAACAAAUCAAUCCCACUUAUUUCUCUCUUUUAUAUAUAACCCUCUUUUCUCUACUCCUACAUUUCAUUUUCAAUCUUUGAAAUCAACAUCAUUUCAUCAACAAACACAUCAUUUUUGUUUUUAAUGGAAACCAAAGUUGAUGAACUUCAAGUAAUGGACCAUUUGACCACACCAACAACAACAACUGGGACCAGUUUCUCUCAGUUACUAUUAGAAGAUGAUAAUGAAUUGGGUCUUGCUGGUGUGGACCAAACCUUUUCAGCUUCUCUUUUCUCUCUUCAUAACCCACCUAAAAUGCUUUGUUUUGGAAACUAUCAAAAUGAUAUGGAAAUUGAAACCAACGUCAUAAUAACUCCUCAGAAAUCUGUCAUCACUUCAAGUGAUUCUUCUUCAACUUCUUCAUGCAAUCAUGCCAACACUGGUUUCAAUUCCUUAACAACAACCACUAAACCCAAUGGUUUGCAGAAAAAGCGGAAUGGGUCAGGAGGAGGAGGAGGACAAGAACUUGGGACCAAAGCAGGUGUUGGAGGGCAGAGAUGUCCUAAGAAGAGCAAAGCAGAGAACAACCCCACCUCAACUGGACAUACAAAGAAAAAGGAGAAGCUUGGGGAAAGAAUUGCAGCAUUACAACAACUUGUUUCUCCCUUUGGCAAGACUGAUACAGCUUCAGUGCUUCACGAGGCUACUGGUUACAUAAGAUUCUUACAUGAUCAAGUUCAGGUUCUGUGCUCUCCAUACCUGCAACCUUCACAAAUUCAAUUUCAAAAUCACCAUGGGGACGGAGAUAACAAUGGAGAAGAAGUGGAAAAAGAUUUGAAGAGCAGAGGUUUGUGUUUGAUCCCUGUUGGAUGCACCCUACACGUGGCAAGUACUAAUGGUGCUGAUUAUUGGUCACCUGCUACAAUAGUGAACAAUGUUUCACCUUCAACUAUUGCUAAGCAGUAACAAUGAUAUAUAAAUAUAUAAAUCAAAGAUGAAUCAAUGAGUACUUUUUUUGAGAAAAAUAUUUGCAUCUUUUGAGAAAUAGGUUCUUAUGUCUGCUCAAAUUGGAGUUGUACUCAACAUGAUGUUGACAGCUUAUUUGGAGAUGAAAAGAAGGAUGAGAAGGGUAAACUUUUGGAAAAGGUAAAGAGAGAUUAACAAUUAACAAGAAUAGUUUAAACUUCACACAUGGGGUACAAAUGAUAUGUCAUAAUUUUGUCCUUAAUUAUGUAACAUCUAUUUUGAGGGGUCACCUAUAGAAAGAAGGAACUAUUUUAUGUAGGAUUUAGACAUGUGUGGCCUUCAACUAGGAUUUUAGGAUGCCCAUAUAUUUUGUUGAUAUUAUAUUUUGUCUUUGUAAGCAAUUACAUGAAUUAAGUUAUUCCAAUAGCUUUCUCAAAAAAAAUUUGCAAGGAAAAAAAAUACAACAAUAAGUCUUGAAGGUGUUGAAAAUCUCACUCCAUCCAUGCAUAGUACUAGUAAUUAUUUUAGUCAAAUACUAACACGUGUUCUUAUGGCACAUCAUAAGUAACUUAUAAUCGGCUUCUGAUUGAACUCAAGUUGUAAGUGAGAUCAGAUUAAAAAUGAAUUGUUUCGGAGAACUCAAUUCAAAUCUUAACUGAAA